ACAGCAUCGACAACAGUUCUACUCUACUGGACAUCAGUGAUCCGGACUCCAAAAAUGUGGACGUCUUCCGGCAAUUACUGAACCAAGAAACAAUCAUUAGAAUGUCACUAGUGAAGAACGUACACGCUUUAAUGAAGGACAUGCUCGAUCUGAAAAAAAAGUAUGGAGACAUUGGAAAUAUCUCAGCAGAAAACAGAUGUAGAAGUUGCCGCCUUAAAACAGGAGGUUGAUAAACUUAAAAGAGAAAACCAAAGGUUUGAGCUUGAACACAGGCGCUAUGGGGAAACUUUCAGAGCUGUUACAGAAAAUUUUACGAAAAUCGACGAGCACAUUCAACAGGUUGUGGCACAAUUGGAGGAGAAAAGAGAAAAUUUCGAGACAAACACUAGUGAAGUACUGGCGGAUCUUAAAGUAGAAGUUCGGUAUCUGUCAGUUACUCUUCUGGACUUGAAUAAACACACUUUGGAAAUGGACAAGAAUAUUCCUAAAAUGAUAGAAGAAAAAUAUGAACAAUUAUCUUUGAGAAUGAACACCUCUGUGGAGAACCUGACUAAUGAUAUAAUGACAACAAAUAAAACAAUGCUUAAAUCCGUGUCUGACCUCGAACACUCACAAAAUAUUAUACAAAAUUCUAUAUCUGUGAACAUCAGUAAAACAUUAGAGGGCAUGAUGGCGGAAGUGAAACAAUCUAAGUAUGACCAACUGCAGCUGUCUUCUACAGUGUCUUCUCUUGAGGUGUUCCGAAUGAAUUUGACGAAUCACAUUUUAGAUAAAUCAAAGAAUGUAGGUUUCUCCGCCUCAGUGACGUCCGGCAGCUCAUCAUGGAAAAGUGGAACUCUGGUAUUUCCUUCUGUCAUCACCAACGAAGGCAAUGGAUAUAAUCCAAGUAACGGAAUAUUUACAGCUCCUACAGGCGGGAUGUACGUUUUCUUCGUGAAUGUUCAGAGUUCCGUUACUAAAGAUAUUUAUGUAGACAUUGUGUUGAAUGGAUCAACUAAAGUCAGAACAAUGGCUUGGAGUAACGGUAAUGAUUAUUUCGAUGCAGGUCCCAAUCUUGUUGUGCUGACUUUGCAGAAGGGAGACGCAGUGUGGGUCAAACAUAGAGCCGGUAAAGGCUAUUACAACGAAGGUCCUAUAACUACUUUCUCAGGUUUUCUUAUAUACAUGUAAUUAAAUCUGUAAAAAGGUAUUAUGCAUACCAUGGAUAUUGUAUAUGCACGUUUUGGUUACAAAUGAAUAAUCUAUGUCGAAGUUUAAAAAUAGACUACAAUUUAGUAUAGACUUAAUAUUGAUAAUCUACACGAUCUGUUUGACAAUUAAUUUUAUAUUUAUCUGUUUAAUCUAGAAAGUAAAAUAUCUACAGCAUAAAUGUAUGGGGGAAAAGUGAGAAAAAGGUUUAACUCAUUUUUAGGAUACAUGUAUCUGUAGUAGAGUCGGGUAAAGCUGAUCAGUUCAGGGGUCAUGUUUUAAAAGGCUAAAAAAAUAUAAACAGAAUUUUUAAUUUUUACCCAUUGAUUUGACUCAAAUUAGUAUUUUUAUCGCUUUUUUGACAAGCAUAAACAUCUUAAACACAUUUUUAUUGCAAAUCCUGGCACCAAUUGCUUUUGUGGAAUACACUUUAACACUCAUAUUUUGGUGUGAGGGACUUUAAACAACAAGCAAACAUAUUUUGGUGAUUAUUUCUAUUGGAAUACUCAGCGACAUUGUAUCCUAUGUAUCUUUGUCAGAAAUGUCUUUCUUUUUUGUAUCAUUUCUAAAAAAAGUAUAUAAUUAUUAAACCUAUAUCAUUUUCUCUUGUCUUAACCUGAAGUUAUGUGCAUUGUAAAUCCUAAACUGUAAAACUAUGACUUUUGUAUGUUUUAAGUCGACAAAUGGCUAUUGAAAGCUAAAAUUAUUUGUAUAUAUGUACUUGCUUGCAAUAAAGAUUGUUUGAUUUUUCUA